UCGAAACCAUUGCAAAGAAAUGGCGAAACUACAAGCAGUGUUCCUGCUUGUCCUGUUAACGGCACUGAAGCUAUCGACCCAGGAAAGUGACAUCACGUUCGGGGUUUUCCGGCAGAAGGAGUACUACUUCAGCAAUUCCUUCAAGCUCAAUUGGUUCAAGGCGGUAGAGUAUUGUCGAUCGCGUGGAAUGUUCCUGUUGUCGAUAAGGAACGCUGAGGAGCGGGAAUCUGUCAUCGAGUAUCUGACUAGUACGGGCUACACCAAAACGCACAGCAGCUUUAUCUUUUGGACAUCUGGAAACGACCUAGGUGAGGAGGGUGAAUUUCAUUGGGCAUCGACCGGAGAGCGGUUUAACUACAUGAAUUGGAGACAAGGGGAACCGAGCGGCAUGAGCGGCGGUGAGGAUUCCACAGAGGAGGACUGUUGCCACAUAGAGUACUGGUCGGGGCAUGGAGCAAACUAUAACUACACAUUCAAUGAUCGAUCAUGUGAUCAAAAAUUAUUGUUCCUGUGUGAAACACUUCCGGCAUGAUGCAGCAAUGUAAUAUAUACAUUGAGGUUCAUUUUUCGGUAAUCCAUGAAGUUGAAGAAGAUUAUGACGAGAUGACUAAUA